CUUCUGCGUAAGGAUCCAAGUCAUGAAAAUGCCUCUUAAAGCUGUCAAGACGGUGCCGUGCGUAAUGUGGGCCAUCGGGACAGCUGAGCUUGAGCUGAAAAAAGUUGAGCCGACCCAUCAUCCGCAGUUGGUUUCCUGUCUUUAGGGGCAAUGACUUGACUUGGCCAGUGACCGCUGAGCUCCGUGCCUUGUCGAGAAUGAGCGAACCUGUUCGGGAUUAAUCAGUAAACAGUCCAAGCAUUUGUGCGCGAGGCGAAAGCGCAUAACUGGGGGGUUCUCUCCCGGGAAAAGACAGCAUGAUGAGCGCGUAGACUCUGAUUCACAAUUGACACCACACACCGAGCGCACCAACUGUCCCGUUGAUGAGCACAUUUGUAUGCAAUUAGUAUUACGAGAUUGUGCGGGAUAGACUGUGAUAUGAGCUCACGCAGCUUACAUUUUGUGGAAUGUCAGCUUGUUCGUGGUGUUUUUUUUUUUUUUUUUGCGAGGUCCUCCUUAUUUGGAGUUCGUCACCAUAAUUCUAGGCGAGGGGGAGGAGUAUUUUGUCACCUAGUGUGUUUGCAAAUGUCACUUAUCUCUUCUGCUUCAUUCAAAGUGUCCUGACACGCCAGCAGGUAAGAUGACAGCCACGACUUGCUGUAAUUAAUGAAUAACGGAGCUCUUCGUUCCAUGACCGUUUGGGAGAAGACAGCUGUCUGAUAUCCCGGGGUAUAUCGGUAUUUGGAGAACAUCCUGAAAUGUAGAAGCUGAAAUGCCAGAAACGCAUGCUGCGUGGUCGCCAUCAAAAUAACGGGCUGUGACAUUUCUGCUCAAAGGCACCAUAAUGACAUGUACUUGACAUAUGCACAGGUCAGUUGCAGGGAGACACCUUUUACUUUCGAAGGAGUUUCGCACGUCUUUACGCGCAUCGUGGAAGUUUGGGAGCGGCUAAAAGUUGACAGUUAUGCUGAAAGUGUAGCGAUGCUGCACUCGGAGCAGCUCACAUGGCAUCCACUACAAGAAGAGUUUUCAAGAAAGUGAUUCGAGCUCUGGGUGGCGUUUUGCUCACUUACUUCGUCAUUGUAUUGGUGGAUUUACAAUUGCGGACUAAAAAUCCCAUCACCACCACUCUUGCUGAACGCAGUGUUGUGGGUCCACGAGAGCGGCAAGUUGAGGAUGACAGCCUCUCAUCAAAAUAUGAUUUCCCCAAGGACAGUGUCAAACGUGGAGACGGCGCUCAGUCCGAGAUCAGUCCGGAGAAAAGUAAAGUAAAAACCAAUGGACGCUCGGUCUUUCGGACGAGCCUUGAACCCCAAGAUAUUUUCAUCGCCGUGAAAACUACGGGGAGGUUUCAUCGAACGAGGCUGGACCUGUUGCUUGACACAUGGAUAUCCAUAACCAAAGACCACACCUUUAUCUUCACGGACACUCCAGAUGCUGACACAGUCUCCAAGGGCUUCAACCUGGUGCUAACCGACUGUCCCCCGGAGCACAGCCACCAGGCCCUGUCUUGCAAGAUGGCCGCCGAGUAUGACCACUUCAUGGCCUCGGACAAGAGGUGGCUGUGUCACGUUGACGAUGACAACUACCUGAACCCCGGAGCCCUGCUGUCUCUGCUGUCCGCGUACCCAUUGGACAGCGAGAUAUACGUGGGCAAGCCCAGCCUGGAUCGACCAAUGAGAGCCCGCGAACUCCUGGAGGGCAACAAGACGAGAGAGGUGACGUUCUGGUUUGCCACUGGAGGAGCUGGCUUCUGCCUGAGCAGACGACUGGCUGAGGGGAUGGCACCCUGGGCAAGCAGUCCCAGGUUCGAGGAGACCUCGGCGGCGAUCAGGCUGCCGGAUGACUGCACGGUGGGCUUCAUAGUAGAGCAUAAGCUGGGGGUGCGCAUGGUCCACAGCCCCCUCUUCCACUCACACCUGGAGAACCUGCUGAUGCUCACGACCAGGCACAUUCCACAGCAGGUGACCCUGAGCUACGGCCUUUUUGAGAACAAGAUGAACAGCAUCGAGAUGAAGGGAGCCUUCUCCAAGGAGCAGGACCCAUCAAGAUUCAAGACAGUGCACUGCAGGCUGUACCCAUUCACCAGCUGGUGUCCAUGACCCUUCAAAAAAAAUGAACUCCAACUCCCAGAAGCACCUGUGCACAUUUCCGGCCAUCUGAUUGACUACAUGGAGUGUUCCAUUGAUGCAUUCCUCUAAUCCAUCAGGAACAUGGGAAUUCUAAAAGGCUGAAGAUGAACUGGGCUUUUGAUGAGCUGAUCUUGAAGUAGAGCUUGAGUUGUGGAGCUUCUUCCUUUGAACCUUUCAUCUCCUCGCGUGCCCUUGGUUGUUGUAUGGCCUUGGGUAUCUCGUCCCCUCAGAUCUUCUGAAGACUAAUGGGAUAUGGCCUUAUAUAUGAAGCUCAAAGUAAAAUAAAUAAAUAAAAGAAAUCGUCUCUCGGCUGGAAACCCUUUAAUCUGGGUGCGCACUGGAGGACCCUGCCAGAGAUUCUUUAAGUAUAGAGAUAUGCCAUUGUAAUAGGUUGCUAUGGACACCUAACAUGACCAGGUUCCGGUCUGCCUAAAGGGGAUGUCAUAAUGCUCCUAGCAUUGAAUAGAACAGUCCUUAGGUCUGCCUAGGUCUGCCUAAUAGAACUCGGAAACAAUGGGCCAAUGGAACCUCUCUCUCUCUACUCUCUCUGACCAAUGCUUUCCCACAAUCCCUCUCUUACUGUAAAGCUCUCAGAGGCAGGGGAGGUCAGAGGCAGCUGUGACAUAUUUCGGCACAUUUCUGUUUGAAGCACGUGUAGUGAGGGUUAAGGUUGUAUGUAUAUGUAUGCUGUGUGUUUGUAUGGUUGUGCGGCUUAAUGUUGUAUGUGCAGUGCAUCCUUGAUGGUAAGAUGUACGAAUGUACAUCCUUGAAGGUGAGAAUGUGGAUUUUUUUAUUUUUUAUUGAUGGAGCACUUUUAUAUGCCAUUAUUAGUACAUGAAUUUAUACAGAGUUAUAUUUAUCAUGUGAUAUUGUCAUUGUAUUUGUUCCAUAUUGGAAUUGACAAUGAUGGGGUCUGUUCAAUCAUGUUUAGCAGAACCUAAUACAAGAAAGGAAAUGUUUAUGUUACUCGGCUUCUGUUUAGAGAGCAUCCAACCAUAUUACAAAGACAAGGCCGUCAAAGACUAGAGGUUGAUUGUUGCUACAAUGUUAACCAUCUUAUAGUACAGUGUAUGCCAAAAGCACUAUUGAAAAAGUCUACUUAUUUACAUUUGCAAGAUGGCUGACAGCAAGUAUUAAUUUGUACACAUUUUCCAACGCCAGAACAAUGUGCACUGCUCAAGUAAGGCUGUUUUUCUCGGAAGAACAACCGCACAGCGAACAAAAAGAAACAAAUGAAGCAAAACAGCCUUAACUGAAUAAAGACUCCAUCAUUCAUU